UCUUAAGUCACGCCGUUCAGUGUAUUUUUGUUAUUGAACACGUGUUGUCACUUCAAAUACUGGAGUAAAAAUAUUAGAUUUAAAGUUACAUAUUGUACUGAAAAGUAGCUUAUAUUGUAAAUUUAAUAAAUUAUAAUGGAAGGAAUAGAGAAACUUGAAGAAACAGCUCCACAAAAAGCGACGAUAUUAUGUUGCGAAUGUGGCACAAACAUCGAACCGAAUCCUACAAAUAUGUGCGUUCCAUGUUUGCGAACGCAAGUUGAUAUUACAGAGGGAAUUCCCAAACAAGCAACAAUACAUUUUUGUAAAAGCUGUGAAAGAUAUUUACAACCCCCUCAGGAAUGGAUUCAUGCAGCUUUGGAGUCUCGAGAACUUCUUUCGCUUUGUUUAAAAAAAUUAAAAGGACUUAACAGAGUUAAACUAAUAGAUGCUGGUUUUAUUUGGACCGAACCUCAUUCUAAACGACUUAAGGUAAAAUUAACAGUCAAUGCUGAAGUUAUUGGAGGUGCAAUUUUACAGCAAGUUUUCGUAGUCGAGUUUAUAGUAAAUCAUCAAAUGUGCGAUGAUUGUCAUAGAACCGAAGCUAAAGAUUACUGGAGAGCAUCAGUUCAAGUUAGACAGAAGUCAAUAAAUAAAAAGACAUUUUUCUACUUGGAACAAUUGAUAUUGAAACAUAAGGCUCACGAACAAACUUUGGGAAUAAAACCCAUUCAUGAGGGACUUGAUUUUUAUUUUUCGAAUGAAGCAUCAGCACGAAAAAUGAUAGAUUUUUUCACAUCAGUUUUGCCAUGUCGUUAUCAACAUUCGAAAAAAUUAAUAUCACACGACAUUCACAGUAAUAUUUAUAAUUAUAAAUUUACAUAUAGUGUGGAAAUCGUUCCUAUUUCAAAAGACAGUGUAGUGUGUCUGUCGAAAAAAUUGACUCAUCAAUUGGGUGGAAUAAGUGCCGUUUGUUUGGUUUAUAAAGCAACAAACGCAUUGCAUUUAAUUGACGUUUCCUCUGGACAAGUUGCGGAAGUUAGUUCCACAGUAUAUUGGCGAGAUCCUUUCAAAAGCAUCUGCAAUCCUAAACAAUUAACAGAAUACGUUGUUAUGGAUAUUGAGCCAAUAAGAGAUAAAGAUAAGAAAAUAUUUCCUGGACAAGGAGCCAUUUCUAGCAAACACGUGAUUUCCGACGUUUGGCUCGUGAAGGCAUCAGAAUUGGGAAUUAAUGAGAAUACCAUUCACACUCGCACGCAUUUGGGUUAUAUUUUGAAACCUGGAGAUUCGGCUCUGGGUUACGCUGUGGGGGAUAGCAACAUAAAUGAUUCAAAUUUUGAGAAAUUGAAUCAGGAUCUUGUACCAGAAGUGAUUUUGGUGAAAAAAUUCUACGGGCACGAUAAAGCUGCUCGACGUCGUGCUCGUUUAUGGAAACUAAAGCAUCUCGCAGAAGACGUGGUUAGCAUGAGCACAGAAAAUAAUGAGUACAAUGAAUUCUUGGACGAAUUGGAGGAGGAUCCGGAAAUGAGACAAAAUAUUAACAUUUUCCGUGAUACAAGUAAACAAAUUCCAGUCGACGAGGACGAUGUGAUCGAUCCGUCAGUGCCACAAAUUACUCUUGAUGAAAUGCUGGAUGAUCUUUUUAUAGACGAUGUGGAAAUGACAGAUGAAACGGAAUAAUGAUGAAAAGUUUAGAAAAAAGUCAGUUGUAAAAAAUCUGUUCUUUUUUUCUACAGAUUUCCGGAUAUGAUAAUAAAAGUAUAUAAACAGAAUAUAA